CCUUCCAGUACCUUCCAUCUCUCUCUCUCUCUCUCUCUCUCUCUCCACAAUGGCUUCCUCAAGCUCAACCCUCGUCGCUCUGAUGCUUGUUGCACUGCUUGUGGGCCACACCAUGGCGCAGUCUCCGGCUAAAUCGCCGGCAUUGUCUCCGACCAGAUCGCCACCGGCUUCAGCUCCUUCUCCGUCGUCCGCCGCUCCAUCGACGCCUAAGGUGAAAUCUCCCCCCAGCCCUACUCCGUCGACCGCUCAGUCUCCGGCGAGUUCUCCUUCCUUGAUCUCUGCUACUCCAUCUGAAGCGCCUGCGCCGUCGGAGAACGGCGCCGUUUUGAACAGAAUUUCUGCCUCCUCGUCCGUGGUGAUUGGCCUCUGCGCCGUCGUUUUGGUUAUGUAGUAGAAGGGGGAAUUGGAUAUUUCGCUUUUGUUCUGAGCGUGUCUCUUGUGAGUCGUGAUCUUUCGUUUUAAUUUUUAUUUAAUUAUUUUGGUUCUGGUUUCAGUUGCGUUGUUAAAACUUAAAACUUAAUUGUGUGUUGUUAGUUGGUUUGGAUAAAUUAUGAAUUAUAUUAUUGCUUGUAUUAAUGUUGUUAGUACUAUUAAAUUUAUUAUCCUUUCAAUUC